AUGGGGCCCCUCGGCUACUUCAUCCCCUUCAGACCCACAACAGCCUUGGGGCCCCCCGCUGUUGUAGGGGCCCCCAACGCUCUCCUGAAAAUAGGGGGGCCCCCAAGAGCUCCCCUAUGGGGGCCCCUAUGGGGGCCUUUAAGGGGGGCCCUAAGAGGGCCUUUAAGGGGGCCCCCAGGGGGGCCCCCUGCAGCUGUGCAUACACCGCAUGGGCACCAUAAGUGGCCCCUGCAGCUCCUCUCGAUGCACUGUAGGGAAGGGCACUGCAGGUGCUUCUGGGGGGCCCCCGAGUCUAGAGGGGGGCCCCCUGAGUCUAGAUGGGGGCCCCCAGAGUCUAGGGGGGGGCCCCCUGGAUCUAUUGGGGGGCCCGCCGGGCCUAUAGUAGGGCCCCUGUGUGGCGGGGAGUGCCUUUUGUGUGCAGAGGGGCCCUCGAAGGUGUGCAGUGUUUUGCUGCUGUCUCUUCUUACAAAAGAAACAAAAACACAAAGGAAAAAAGAAAGGGGGGGCCCCCAGCAGCAGCAGCAGCAGCAACUGCAGCAGCAGCAACAGCAGCACGUAAAGAUAUGCACUGCGGAUCUGCUGGGGAGCCUUACGUUAUCUCUCCAUCUGCUGCCUCUGGGGGACCUCCUUAGACUCUCGUGGGCCCUCCCUGCCCUCACAGACUGCAGCAGCAGCAGCAGCAGCAGCAGCAACACCAGCAGCAGCAGCAGCAACAGCACUGUCAGUGACAGCGGCAGGUGCAUGCGCUGCAGCUGGAAACAUGGGCAGCUCCGGAUGUUCCCUCCACAGCAACAGCAACAGCAACAGCAGCAGCAGCAGCAGCAGCAGCAGCAGCAGCAGGGUAGCUGGAGGGAAGCCAAAAUGUGUCUCACUUUGGAGUUGCUGCAGCAACUCUCUACCCGCCUGCUGCCGAGGGAUUAUGAAGCAGCAGCAGCUGCAGCAACAGGUGCACCCGCAGCAGGAGCAGCAGGAUCACCAGAAGCAGCAGCAGCAACAGCAGCAGCAGCAGCAGCAGCAAAUGUGAGCGCCGAAGAAUGGGCGAAGGCUGCGGGAGGUUUGAGUCGGCUGCUGCCCCGCAGCAAAUGCCUCGGUGAGGCUCCUGCUGCUGCUGAUGCUCCUGUUGGUGUUGCUGCUGCUGCUGCUGCUGCUCCUGCAGUGCGAACCCUUGUGGCUCGGCUGGCGGUUCUUGCAGCAGAAGCAGCAGCAGCUGAAGCAGCAGCAGCAGAGGCAGCAGCAGCAGAAGCAGCAAGUGUACCUAUAGAAAAAGGAGAGGAAGCUGGGGGCCCCCCCACCUUCAGGACUUGGGCUUUGCUGCUGCAUGCAGGCAGCAAACUUCUGCUGCCGCUGCCACCCGUCGUGAUGGAGACCCUGCAGCAGCAGCUGCAACACCAACUGCAGCAGCAGCUGCAGCAGCAGGGGGCCCUUCUGCAGCGCUUAAGGGGCUUCCAGACCGCUGAAUGCCUUCGCCCAGCAGCAGAAGCAGCCCCAGCAGCAGGAACAGCAGCAGCAGCAGCAGCAGCAGCAAAUACAGGUGCAGCAGCAGCUGACAUAGUGUGGGGCCCCACAGGUAGAGUUUGCCGUGAUGUUUGCAGUCUGCUGCAGAGCCUUGCGAAGCUGCACGAGGGGUCGCUGCUGCUGCUGCUGCUUGCUGCUGCAUACUCAACUCUCACCAACUAUUUCUAUGCUGCUGCAGCGCAACUGGCAGCUGCACCCUGCAGCAGCAGCAGCAGCAGCAGCAGCAGUCCCACCGACAGCAGCACCAGAAGCAGCAGCAGGGACGGCAGCAGCAGCGGCGACUGCAGCAGCAGCAGGGACAGCAGCAGCAAGCAGGCUGAGCUGCAGCAGGCAGCAGAAUGGCUAGCAGCAGACGCUGCAACAGCAGCCUCUGCCCUCGCGGUAGCGAUGGGUUUGCUGCAUGGCAGCCCAGCAGCAGCACAAGCAGCAGCAGCAGCAGCAGCAGCAGCAGCACCAGUAGCAGCAACAACAGCAGCAGCAGUAGUGGUGCCGCUGCAGCAACUGUGGUGUUGUUUUUCUGCUGCAGUUGGCUCGCUGGCGGCUGCUGACCUGCUGCUGCUGCAGGGCCCCACAGCAGCAGCAAAAGGCCCAGCAGCAGCAGCAGCAGCAGCAGCAGGGAUUUGUCCGGAGGUUUCGGUUUCUGGGGGCCGUCAGGCAGUUGCUGCUGUCCUUGCAGCAGCAGCAGCAGCAGCAGAUGACCGUCUUGCAGCGGCAGCAGCAGCAGCAGACGGCUGUCUUGCUGCAGCAGCAGAUAAUGGAGGGGUUGGGGGCCCUCUUAACGCGGUGGAGUUGGCUGGGGCCCCUUCUGGGCGUUCUUCGCGUUUGGAGUGGGAGGUGUUCCAGGCAGCUCAACGUCUCUACAUGCUGGGGGCCCCUGGGGGGCCCCAGGGGCCCCCCAAAGGCCCCCAGGGGCCCCUCGGGGACCCCCAGCCCAUGGGGCCCCCCACGGGGUCUCAGCAGCAAGGGGCCCCCAGGGGCCCCCAGCAGCAAGGGGGCCCCAGGGGCACCCAGCAGCAAGGGGGCCCCAGGGGCACCCAGAAGCAAAGGACCCCCAGGGGCCCUCAACAGGAAGGGGCCCUCAGGGGCCCCCAGCAGCAGGGGCCCCCCAGGGGUGUUGGUGGCGCAUUGUGCGUGUAUAGGGGGGCGCCCGUGUUGUGUUUUUCUGUUGACUGUCUUCUGGUGUAUAGACAGGGCCCCUAUGCAGCUUAUUUUAAUUCAAUAGGAUUGAGAGUGAAGUAG